UUAUUUGAACAUUGACAACAAAAGCUUCUCAGCGCGGUCCUUCGGGCAGAUAUACACGUCACACCUACUUUCGGGAGAACUGCCAGGCUGUGCCCGACGAGACGAGGUUGGAGCAGAACACGACAAUAUUUGUUUUGGGACGUCUUUGAAACCUUUUCAGGAUGGAUUCCCUCACAUUUGAAGAUUUUCUGACGCUUCACAAGCCGCAGCUGGAGCUCGCUGCCGUGCCUCAGCAUCUUUGGGAAACUCUCUUUCAGAAACUCGUGAACCAGGUGUUUGAUGCUGGUGAGAAGUUUUCGAUGUACAUGGUGGACUACGAGUCCAAGGAACGUGAAGAAGGCGAUCCGGUGUACAGCGUCUUUGUGUCGACGCAGAACGGGAUAAGUGCAUCAGAUCCAAGCCAUAUCUAUCUGAUUGAUCAUGCCUGGACUUUUACUGCUAGUGAUGCUCAGAAACAUUUGCGGCAUGUCCCCGGACUGUUAGAGAGAAUGGCUAGGCUCAUGGGAUGCGAUGAAGAUGUGUCUGUCGAUGAAGCAAGAGAAUUUGUAUCAAAGUAUAUGUGGAACUACAGCCAAACUUAUUCUGUAGCCAACAACAUGAAUGUCGAGGACAGGUUGCCUGUGUGGUAUAUAAUGGAUGAGUUUGGCUCUGCAAUUCAACAUUCGUCUGAUCCCAACUUCCGCGUGGUUCCAUUUGUGUUCAGUCCUGAGCAGGUCACCUACUCUAUUCUUUUCCCAAUCCGUGAUGUAGAACUUAAUGGAGAAGUGACGAGAAAUUUCAUUGAAGGCUGUUUGCAAACUGAUUCUGACUCUAAGAAGGCUCUGCUCAUUCCUUGGUUUCCAAAUGAGUUCACUAAUCAAUGCUUUGUCCAGGAAGAACCAGCACCAAAAUAUUUUCUUGAUGGACAUGAAGUAGAGACACUUCCUGAUUUGGAUAUUCUUACUCAGACUCCUAAAGAUAAUGACAAAACUAAAGUUUGGAAAGUUUUUGCAGAAUAUAAAUACAUUCAUGAGUACCUGAACCAUCCUCAGUUCGUUUUUAUUGAUAAUGAAACUGAUGCUGACAUUCUGUGGACAACAACCCAUUUCAAAAAGUUCAAAGAGUUAAGUGAAUCAACUCCACAUAAGUUCAUCAAUCAAUUUCCCUUUGAGCAUGUCCUUACCGUAAAAGAUCUGCUUAGUGUGGUAUGUCGCAGAAAACUUGGGAAAGGUGUCAAAACUUACGAUGAAGAUACACUGGAAACCUUCCCCUCAUGGCUUCCUACUACUUUUAACUUGAAAACAGAGCUCCCCAAGUUUGUAAGUUAUUACCAGCAAAGGGAAGAGAAAGGUUUGGACAAUUUGUGGAUUUGUAAGCCAUGGAACCUGGCAAGAGGUCUUGAUAUGCAUGUUACAGAUAAUUUGAGGUACAUUCUUAGACUGCCCUUCUCUGGCCCCAAGAUUGCUCAGAAAUACUUGCACAACCCAGUUCUGUUUUGUAGACCUGAUAUUGGCAGAGUAAAGUUUGAUGUACGAUAUGUUGUCCUCCUAAAAAGUGUGAAACCUCUAGAAGUUUAUGCGUAUCGCAACUUCUUCCUGCGAUUUGCCAACAAGUCCUUUGACCUGUCUGAAUUUGAUGAUUAUGAAAAGCACUUCACAGUGAUGAACUAUACUGAAGCUCAACUUUGUAAGAUGCUCCACAACGAAUUUAUUGAUGAAUUUGAGAAGCAGUACCCUAGUCACCCUUGGAAAGAAGUUGAAAAAGAUAUCUUUGAAAUGUUGCGUGAAGUGUUUGAGUGUGCAGCCCUGAAGGCCCCGCCUUGUGGAAUAGCGCCAAGCCCUCAGUCCAGAGCUGUGUACGCAGUGGACCUUAUGUUAGACUGGCAGCACUGUCCGAGAAACAAAGACAAAAUUCAACCAAAGUUGCUGGAGAUAAACUGGACCCCUGAUUGCCGCAGAGCCUGUGAAUAUUAUCCUAACUUUUAUAAUGAUAUUUUCUCACUGCUGUUCUUGGACACCUGUAAUGAGGAUGUUUUUGUGUCACUGUGAAUUACUUAGGAAGAAAGGGGAACUUUUCACCAUCCAUGAUCAUAAAUAACCCUUUAUUGAAAUUGUCAAAUUGUGUUGCUUUCUAAUUUGAAUUUUUGAAAUACAUUGUAAGAGAUAUUUAUCUUCCCAUGGGGAAAAAAAUGU